AUGUCCGGUAAUCGAGUUCUGAGUGUUUUGGAAAAGGCGAAGAUGGUCUGCUGGUUCGAAGAGACCAACAGUUUGGCUAUGGUAGCUCGAAGGUGAGGAAAGGAUACUGUAUUUACUAGCAUUAGAUAGAAAGAAAAGUAAUGAUUAAAGGAUCAAUUAAUAAUCACUAUAGGCUUCCUCUUUUGUUUAUUAUCCUCCGAACCAAAAUCUAAAACAAUUUGAUUCCAGAUACCGUUCUGAAUUCGGAGUAGAACCCCCAACCCUUGGCCAGAUCAAAAGAAUUCAUCGGCAAUUCCUGGAGACUGGCUCUGUCGUAUCUCAACCCAUUACCUCGGCCUCCUCAGCCAUCACGAGUAACCUCCUUAACAAUCAGACCCUCAAUUCGGCCGAAGCCAUCAAAAUGAGUCAGCAGGCUAUGAAUCUGCCGAGUCGGGAGUCCUUCGUCUGA